UCGUCCUCAAAUUCGCGAGGAUACGAGAUCAAGGCUAGCAUAAGCAGCCACGGCGAGGCCGACUGCCCCUUUCCAUCUAUCCAUCAAUCCGACAGAGUCCUCGGCGGGCUUCAAUUCCUCGGUGCCCCAAAAUAAUCUGCAAAAGAAUUUCCUUCCCCGAUCCCCCUGGCGACCUCACGGCACCUCUGCAGGCUGUUCGUCCUGCCCCACCACGUGAAGCUUUAAGGUUGCGAGCAAGCAAUCUAUGAUCAAUCGCCUGAAUGUGUUUUGUCCCGGUACGCUUCCCUCCUCGAGUGUGGGUGGCCAUAGUCCUCUCGUUCCACUAGAAAAUACACAACUCCCUCUCUCCUCUCCCAUCCCUCAACUUUGGAUCACACACUCUGAGUGUCCGCGCUGCAAGUCAGCGGGAUUACCGAGAUUGGUCGAGCUCUCGAGCUUCUCUCCUCUCUCCCCCCUUCCCCACCCUCGAGGGAGCUCUGACAGUCCUCUCGAAGACGGAGAGCAGAAAAGUCAGGUUCAAAUGUUCAUCGUGUUGAACACGCCAGCAAAUCAUGACUGCAGAAAUAGUAAGCCUGGGCAAAUGCGAUUUCGUCUUGUGAUUUGCAGUUCCACGAAUGCGAUGAUUUUUGACAUACAUUUAGUAGAACAUUCCAGUAAUCGUGGGUCUAAUUGAGGAGCACGGCGGGAGAGACAGAGAGAGCUGAACUCGGCUGCUGUGGAGUCUUCGACGCCUACGGUGAAUUCUGACCUUCGGGAAGAAUCUUUCGGUCGGAAGCUAGUGAACUCGAUUGUAGAUUUCUGCGGUUUGCUUUUUCGCGGAGUGUAUGGCGGCGAUUUUAUAUCAUCGUGUAGUGGGCGAUUUGACGGUCGGAAAGCCCAAACUGAAGGAGUUUCCACAAUCCGCCUCCGUGCGCGAGGCGCUGGAGACUCUGCUCGAGAGAAAUGAAUUCGAGCUGCCCGUGUGGAAGAUGUCUCGACGGCAGAGCAUGGAGAGAUACGGCAGCAGCUCCGAGAAGUACGAGCGUCCUCAGGCUAAGGAGGAGCGAUUCAUCGGGAUGCUGAGCAUUCUGGACAUCCUCGGUCACUUGUCCACCGAGCAGAGCUUACUCGAUCCAAUUUGGGCCCUGAAUGUGCCUGUUUCCGACGUCGUCACAUCGAAUCCCGGCCUGCUACGGCACGCUGCUCCUGGCACCAGAUUGAUUGAUGUGAUGGAGCUUAUCAAGUCAGGGACGAGUCAGCUGCUGGUUCCUUUGAGUUCUGGAUUUCAAAAAGUUUCCAAGCGAUUCUCAGCUUACCAUAACAGUAGUCAUUGGUUGCCAGCUGCAUCGGACUUCGAAGUGGUCGUUCCGAAACCUGAGAAACCAUAUGGUUACUGCAUUUUGACAGUCGAGGAUGUGGCGAGAUUUCUCCUCGGAUGCUUAGGAGCUCUUGCCCCCUUCCCACUGAAGAAAAUUGAUAGUCAGGGCAUCAUCAAUACUAGCCCGCCUAUGAUCUUCGGCAGUGACCCAGCUAGGCUCGGUCUCAAAAUCAGAGAAGAAGCCCCUGACAGCAUACAAGCAGUGGCAGUGGUGGAGAACUUUGAAGAUGGCAACGGUAUCUGCAAGCCAAUCCUCAUCGGGGAGAUUUCUGCCAUCAAACUGAGAAAUUCUGGUUUGAGAGUGGCCUUUGCUCUGGCAACACUCUCUGCAAAAGAUUUUGUAGGAUACGUGGAACAUUUCGGAGACAGCAAACAAUCCUCCGGGGCUGGAAAGUUCUGGAGUGAAGGAAUCUCUUUCUCGCUGGUGAAUUACCAAAUGCAACACAGAGGAAAAGGUGACUUCCCAAAUGUUCCUUCUCGAAUCAUGCCUUUAACCUGUCGACCUUCCAAUUCAGUAGCAGCCGUCAUGGCUCAGAUGCUGGCUUACAGGACUACACACGUCUGGGUAACCGACGAAAUCGGAGCCUUGCUGGGAAUGGUUACAUUCAAAGACAUCAUUUCAGCCAUUUCUACAAUCUCCACGACAGUGGAGCAGCUCGUGUCUUCCAUGAUGAGUUCUCCGGAUCUCCUUGAAGUCUACGGCUACGUAUAACCAAGGAUACCAUCAGCAUCUGGAGUUGUAGACCCUCUGUACAUUUAGAACCUUGUGGAGAGCAGCAAUCUCAAGCCUAAGUCCUGUGACUUACUCAUACAUGUCCAUUUUGGUUGGACACGAGAAACGUUUUGCCGUGGAGUCUCAGAUCGAGAAACCCAAGUAUGUUUUUUACUGGAGAGGUCUUUCAUACAUUUUGUGUGAGCGUGGAAGUAGGACUCGUUAGCAUUUGUAAAUCGACGAGAGCGAUAUUGGCCACCUGGAUUGGGAAUUCUGUACAAAAUUAUAUGUAGAUAUGUAGAUUGAUAUCCCGGGUCAGACGAGAUCAUUGUUAUCGAAACGUUUUGCCGGAAGAAAGAGAGGUCGCAGCCGAAAUGGUUGCCAACUCUUUUCGAAGAACCAAAGAUUGUAGCCCAGCAUUGGGAAGGCAUGAGAACACUCCAAGUCAUGCUGGUUAGUUGGUUAAGAGAAUAUUGGUACAUAUCAAAUAUCAGGAAAGCAGUUGUGGUAACAAGUUAUGCCACCAUUCUUGGCUGUGGCUGCAAAAUGCCAAGUGACUGUGAACAGAAUAUAUCCGGGGAAUUAAAAAAGCCUAUGUUACA